GACGACUGGCUGCUGGAGGGCAAGCAUGCAACGAAGGCCGAGAUUUUCGGCCUUCUCGAAGGUGCAGGCUUCGCCAAGACCAGCCCAUACUACAUUGUGCAGCAGGGUAAGGUCAGUGAGCUGACCAUGAUGACAGAUGUGCAACGUCUGGGACUCUUGAAGGACAUUUCGGGCGCCGGCGUCUACGACGAGAGGCGCGCAGAGUCCGUGAAGAUCAUGGAGGAUACCUCCACACGGAAGAUGCGCAAUGAGGGCUUGAUCUCGGACAUUGAAACCAAACUUCAGAACCUGGAGGAAGAGCAGCGAGAACUCCGAGAGUGUGAGAGGCUGGAAGCCCGCCGGCGGACGUUGGAGUACGCUUUGGCAGAUCGCGAAUGGAGGGCAGCGACGCAACGCAUCGAAUACCUGGAGGACGCCUCUUUUGGCGGUCGUCGUAGGAUGGUACUAGGAGUAGCAGUGACGGCAGCNNAUGCCGGAUUUGGCGGUAGCGGUGCUGCUGGGUCAACAGGAGAGAAGUAG